UUGAGAGAAAAUCGUCGCUUAGUUAACGUCGCCCCAAAAGAACUGUACAUUCUACUGGCACCGUCGUACUAUCGGAGCACUAUCGAGAAGAACAGAUCCGAAACACACGAAACAUACAGAUCCGAGAUCCGAGAAAUCAAAGUUAAAAAAUCUAAAUCAAUACCGAAACCAAAACCGAACCAAUCCUAAUCCAAAACCGAAUCGGAACAGCUCGGACGCCAGUCCAUUUCCACAUCCACAUCCGCAUCCGUUGUACUAAUCGUAUACUCCGAUCAUCAGCAGCAAAUCUGCGCAAAUAGAAAAUGGCUCAACCACAACUGCUGCAAGUGAAGCUGUCACGUUUCGAUGCCCAGCCCUGGGGAUUCCGGCUGCAGGGCGGCGUGGACUUUGCCCAGCCCCUCCUCGUGCAGAAGGUUAACGCUGGCAGCUUGUCCGAACAGGCUGGCCUUCAGCCCGGCGAUGCGGUCAUCAAGAUCAACGACGUUGAUGUCUUCAAUUUCCGGCACAAGGAUGCCCAGGAUACGGUGGUGCGCUCCGGCAAUAACUUUGUCAUCACAGUGCAGCGCGGUGGCUCCACUUGGCGGCCACAGGUGACGCCCACCGGUAACGUGCCGCAGGCAAACUCCCCCUAUCUGCAGACGGUGACGAAGACCUCUCUGGCUCACAAACAACAGGACAGCCAGCACAUUGGCUGCGGCUACAACAACUCGGCCCGUCCAUUUGCCAAUGGUGGCGGCGAUGGCGGCGUGAAGAGCAUUGUCAAUAAACAAUACAACACCCCGGUUGGCAUUUACAGCGAUGAAUCUAUUGCGGAAACACUUUCGGCCCAGGCGGAGGUAUUGGCUGGCGGUGUGCUCGGCGUCAACUUCAAGAAGAACGAGAAGGAAUACCAGGGCGAUCGCUCAGAGGUGCUGAAGUUCCUGCGCGAGGAGGAAACCGGCCAGUCCACUCCAGCUUUUGGCAAUUACGAGCAUGAUGUUCACCAACAACAACAACAACACCAUCAAGCACAACCCCAACAACAACAAUUCAAUCAACAACAGCAAUACAACCAACAACAACACCAGCAACAACAGCAAUAUCAUCAACAACAACAACAAAUUCAACAACAGCAAUCGAAUGCGACUCGCCAUGUCAGUGCCCCCGUGAACACCCCAAAACCCCCAAGCACCGGCGGACUCCCAACGGGCCAGAACAUUUGCACCGAAUGCGAGCGCCUUAUUACUGGCGUCUUUGUGCGCAUCAAGGACAAGAAUCUGCACGUGGAGUGCUUCAAGUGUGCCACCUGUGGCACCUCCCUGAAGAACCAGGGCUACUACAACUUCAACAAUAAGCUCUACUGCGACAUCCACGCCAGGCAGGCUGCCCAGAACAAUCCACCCGCCGGCACUGAGGGCUACGUGCCCAUCCCCAUCAAGCCCAAUACCAAGCUGUCGGCCAACACCAUCUCGUCGGCCUUGAGCUCGCACGGCUACGGCAGCAACGGCUACUCCAACGGCAACUCGACCCCGGCCCCGUCACCGCCUGAGGUCGUAGAAGCCGGCGGCGAGCUGCCACUGCCGCCACCGCCGUCGCCCACCCAGCUGCUGCAGUACGAGGCAGAGACGGAGACAGAGGAGGAGCCGCAGGAGGCUCUGCCAGCGACAGCAGUCCAACAACCGCCGCAUCAGCAGAAGCAGCAGCAACAGCACACACGCACCCACAGCAGCCUCUCGUCCAUCUCGAGUGGCUCCUCGUCCUCCGGCGUGGGCGGGAGCGGGAGCGCCAGUGGGGCGGGCCAUAGCCAGCAAAGCUCCUCGACGCUCUCCCUGGACCUGGACCGGGACCGCUACGCCUACGGUUCGCCCAUGCACUCGCGCCAGACCUCGGGCUCGUCCACGUCGCUGGACGUGAGUGCGGUGGGUGGCAGUGGUGGUUUUCAGGCCGAUACUUAUACAAUGCCGCUCUCGCCGCCACCCCCACCCCCUCCACAGCCACAGACAGCCCAGACGCCCUUCCGUGUGGAGCGAACGGAGCGAGCAGAGGCGAACAGCAGGGUUGGGGCGCAGAAUGAGAACGACAUGAAAACGCAGAACAAGGGCCAUAAUGCGUACAACCAAUUGCUGAAAGAGUAUUCCAAUAAGCUGCAGCACCAGCAUCACCACACCAACAACAACAGCAACACCACAGCACACGCCCCACCCAGACACAACAAAACCGUAGCCAAGCCAUUUGCAACGUCAUCUGUGGCAGCCACAACGGAACAGCAGCCGCUAGUGGCAGCGCUGACGGCGACACUUGCUAAUCAAUUGAAAUUUAAUUCGCAUCAGGUUGCAAGCCCCCAAGCAGCGCUCCCAACAGCCGCAGCAGCAGCAGCAACAGUAGUUGACAGCUCAAGCUCAAACCCCACUGUACAAGCAUCAGAAGCAACAGCAGCAGGAAUAUCCUCCUUCACAGGCAAUAUGUCCGAUGAGCCAUCAUCGAUCUAUGGCCAAAUGAAUGCUCAACCAACGGCCGUCCCCGGCGAUCCGGCCUUCGAGUAUGUUACCCUAACGGGAAACGUGAUACGCAGUGUACAGGCACCCGGCAAGGGGCCGGGCAUCAGCUACAAGGUAAACCAGGGCUAUGCUCGUCCCUACGGAGCCGCCGCCGGGCCACCGAGUGCCGCACCCAAGUCGCCGGUCGCGUAUCCGCCGCAGCAGCAGCAGCAAACACCGCGCCCAGCGGCCGGUGGCAACCCCUAUGCCACCCUGCCCCGCACCAAUGUGGGCCAUCAAGGAGCAAGCGUGGAGGAGCCGCAAGGCCUGCAGCCGGAGUACGAGGAGGAAGACUGCUUCGAGAUGGACAUCGAGGUAGCACUGGCCGCAAGCAGGCAAUCGCAGCGCGGCUCCAGCUUCACCUGGCCCCCGCCUCAGGACGAUAGUCAUGCAGCGCCCACAGCGGCACCCCUCUACAUACCUCCCCCUGAGACGCAGCACGUGGUGGUGGCCAAUCCCGUGCAGCAAGUGCCGCCGCUGCCACCCGGAAGUGUUACGGCGCGCCUCGAUCCGCAGCCAGAGCAAGUGCCACAAGCGGCAUCAGUGCCACAGGCCGCUCCCCAGUGGCAGAGCUACUCGGCGCCUCAGCUGACGAAUCAGCGGCUAAUGGAGCAGGAGUCAAGUUCGGAUAGCUACACCUCCACUUCGACGACUACGACGACCACUUCGGAGGAGUACCAGCGCAUGUACGCGGCCCAAGCGGCGGCCUACCAGAUGCAGGAGCAGUCCGGCUCCGAAAUGGACGACUACCAGGUGGAGUACGGCAGUGCGCAGGACGUGCAGGAGUACGCCUCAGGCAGGCGCAGUGCCCAGGAGUGCGUCGACUCGCUGUCCGUGCCCCUGAGUACCUACAAGCUGAUCGACAUGGUAAGGGAGGUGACACCCAGUCCCGUGUCCACACCCGCCCCGGCCCCGGCCCCAUCCACGCCACAAGCAACGCGACACGUCGUCUUCAACGACGAGCCCGAGUACAAAGAGCUGCCGAUGGUGCUGCCCACGGAGCUGGAGACCAUACCGGAGGCAGGCGAGGAUCGCGAGGGUCUGGUCAUCGAGCAUCGCUCUCAGAUCCUCGAGAGCGAGCGGCUCUUCCAGCCCACGCCCGAGAUUAAGUUCGAGAUAGCGCCUGUUCGCCAGAUACCACCCUCCAAGAUACCCAAUCCCAUGCCCAAGGAGUGGAUCAACCCCAUGAUCCGGGUCCUGACCACGGCUCCCGAGGUGCCCUUCCACCUGGUCGAGUGCCCCUUCCCGCGGCCCUGCGGCGACGAUUUCGAAGCGGAGGCAGCUGCCGCAGAAGAAGCCGCAGCUGCAGCCGCUCCGCCAGCGCCUCCACCACCGCCUCCUCCUCCCGCUCCUGUUUCCGCUCCUGUGGCGGAUCCACCUGCACUCCUGCGCGAAUCCCCGCCCCGUGGAUCCCGCCUCACCCAGGCCAUGGUCACUGCACCAGAGUUCGAGCUGCGGUUCGCCCCGCCCGCCGACCAGGGCAUCCCCCUGCCCGAGGAGACCGAGCCGUACAUGCCGCCGCCCAUGGACAUGAAGCCGUACAUGCGCGACGACUACCGUCCCAAGUCCCCGUUCGUCAGCGCCCUCACCACCGCCCCCGAUCGCCCCUUCGAGGGCCACUUUGAUCGCGACGUGCCCAUCCACCUGAUUGACCUGCCCACCCCUAAAGAACACCUGAGCAUGUGCGACGCUCUGUGCACGGCCCCGGACCGUGGCUACACCCCCCUGAAUCCCGAGAAUGCCACCCACCGAGUGGACGAGGACCAGAAGCAGCAGGAGCUGAAGAAGCAUGAAUUUCAGGUGCUCGACCACGAGGAGGAGCUCGGCAUCCGGCCGGAACCGCCGCACUCUGUGGAAUACUUCACCACGGAGUCCGAGAAGCGACGCAAGUCGUCGGCAUUCGCGGCCAUGCAAGCAUUCCAGCCGUCCCGCGAACCGUUAUCCUCUACCAAUGCCACAGCCACCAACACGCCGCGUGCCUCCAUAUGCUCCGGCUCCCGGGAGACGGAGACGGAUCUGGAGUACCAGAAGUACUGCAAGGCGCAGCAGCGCAACCAGAAGCGCCUCGACUUCUACCACAAGAAGGAAGAGGAGCUGCAAAGUCAACAAACUGAGCAGCAGCUCCAACAGAUCCAGCAGAAUCAACGGGAACUCCAGCAGAAUCAAAUAAAUCAGCUGCAGCAACAGCAACGAGAAUCUCAACAACAAUCCCAACAGGAGCUCCAGCAGAUGUCGCAACAGCAGAUGCAAAAAACUCAACAAUCUAAACAGCAACUCUAUCAAACUCAACAACAACAACAGAUUAGCCAACAGAAGAUUCAACAGAGCCAGAGAACUCAACAACAGGCUCAACAACAGACACUAAGAACUCAACAACAACACCAACAGGCAAUGUCCCAGCUCUCCCAUCAGCAGGAGCAGCAGCAGCAGACCUCCGCACAACAGACACGCACAGAGAACCAGACACGCCAGGGGUACUCCGAUUCUCACACGACCUCGCUUUGUUCCGCUUCCGCUUCCUAUAGCAACUCCUCUUCCACAGUCCAACAGUCCACAACCAACAACAACAACAACUCCUACAACGGCAAAUCCUCCCUCGCUGCACCAAUGUCCACCGCUUCCUCCUAUGCACAUACAUCCGCCCUAAGCAAGUACGAGGCCCAAGAGCUGAUUGAGGAGACGGCCGAGGAGCUGGAGCACUCGGAGAUCCUCUUCCCGCCACCAUCCCCGCUUAGCCACCUGAAGGGCAAAGCCGUGCAAUCCGGCCUCCACAAGGCGGACACCAUACCCAAGUACCAGCGCAACUGGACAUCGCUGCCCACCCAGAGCCCCAUCCGUACACCGGAGCCACAGGAGCUGCGCGAGAAUGUUCCGCUGGCCUUUGUAGAUGCCCCUAAGGCGAUCCCCAGUGCCCAGUGCCAGAUCGAUUCCACUGUACAUUAUCCCAUAGCCCAGGUCUCGGGAUCCGGACCGGGAACAAGAUCAGCGCCAACGGCUGUGGCUCAGACCGCUCCCAGGGGACAGACAAUGCCGCAGCCGUCGGUGCCCAUCAUAAUCGAGGAUCGCUCGGGUCCAGUAACGAUGGCUUUCCAAUCGCUAGAUGAGUUCGACCGUCCCGACCAGGCGCAGACGCCCACGCGGCCCUUCACGCCCUCGAUGAUCAACAAGCCGGCGCCCAUAAUACCCUUCUACCAGACUCCCGAGAAGCUAUGCUUCGAAGAGUGCUCGGCUACCCACGCUCGGGCCUACGACCAGAGGGCCCUCUCCCCCUGCUUCGACCGCUGUCGCUCGCCAGCUCCAGGACCGCCGCCAAAUCCGCUCUCCGCCAUAAGAGCGCCACGCAUGAAGGAGCCGGACUCGAAUCUACUCUCCGUCGGGGCCACUCCGCCGCGCCUCCAGGCCGGCUCCAUUACAACGGGCCAGAGCUACCAGGGCCAGCUGCUGGCCCACUCCGAGCAGAGCACCCAGUCCGGCAGCCAAAGCUUCUCGCAGCAGCCGGACACGCUCACAGAACGCCAAAUCGGAAAUCUGACGGUACAGCAGCGGGAGCAGUCCUCGCAGUUGCAACAGCAGCACCAAGCACAGAGCCAAAGCCAGACGAGGACCCAGGUGGGCAACACCCAGAUCGAGCGCCGUCGCAAGGUCACGGAAGAGUUUGAGCGCACCCAGAGUGCCAAGACAAUCGAAAUCCGCACCGGAUCGCAGUCCCAAUCGGUGUCCCAGGCCCAGUCUCAGUCCCAGUCUGAGUCCACGGACCGUCGCUCCUCCUAUGGAAAGACUGGAUUUGUGGCCAAUCAGGCACGACGCCUGUCAGGCCUGGAGCAGGAGAUCACUAGCCUGACCAGCCAGUCGCAGGCCAUCAGUGCCCGAGCCUCCGCCAUGGGAGAGAGCAACUUUCCGCAGCUGCGAUCGCCCACCUUCGACUCGAAGUUCCCGCUGAAGCCGGCAUCGGUAGAGUCCAUUGUGCCCGGUUAUGGAGCCAAUGCGUCAUUGGCCAAAAAGUUGGCUCCCCCGCCGGGGUUCCUAACGCAGCAGCAAAUGCAGCAGCAGCAGUCGCAACAGCAGAGGUCCGCAUACUCUUCGUCUUCGGUGCUACAGCAGCAGCAGCAGAGCACUCAGAGCGCCUUCUCGAGCAGCACGAAAGCCACCUCCUCAUCGCUAUCAUCAGCAUCCGCAAUAGCAUCAUCAUCUGUAUCAGCAUCCGCCUCCAGAUCAGCGCAAUCCGCCAGUCUAACCAAAGCUUCUGCUAUUACUACCACGACUAAUAACCAGGCCUGCUCGGCCUUCAGGAGCAACGUCCCUGGAAACGGCAAUAACAGCAAACCUAAUCUGGCCUCUCGGCUAUCCAUCGCUUCCAUCACAGCUCAAGCGCCAGCUCCAGCUCAAGCUACAGCAGCACCCAAGUCAAUUAUCACCGCCGCUGCAUCGGCGCCAGAAUCCUUUCCGCCAAACUUGAGCGACUUGAACUUGAACUCUAAUGUCGAUGGUUCCGCAGGUGGUGGCAUCAAGAACGGCAAAGGCGGAUUCGGGGCCACAUCGGCACCCAAGCGCGGACGCGGAAUCCUCAACCAGGCCGCCGCACCGGGAGUGCGCAUCCCUCUGUGCAAUAGCUGCAACGUGCAGAUCAGAGGACCCUUCAUUACGGCGCUGGGACGCAUCUGGUGCCCAGAUCACUUCAUUUGUGUGAACGGCAACUGCCGCCGUCCCCUGCAGGAUAUCGGCUUCGUUGAGGAGAAGGGUGAUCUCUACUGCGAGUACUGCUUCGAGAAGUAUCUGGCCCCCACCUGCAGCAAGUGUGCGGGCAAGAUCAAGGGCGAUUGCCUGAACGCAAUUGGCAAACACUUUCAUCCGGAGUGCUUCACCUGCGGCCAGUGCGGCAAGGUCUUUGGUAACAGGCCCUUCUUCCUGGAGGACGGCAACGCCUAUUGCGAGGCCGACUGGAACGAGCUGUUCACUACCAAGUGCUUCGCUUGCGGCUUCCCCGUCGAAGCCGGCGACAGAUGGGUGGAGGCUCUCAAUCACAACUACCAUAGCCAAUGCUUUAACUGCACUUACUGCAAACAGAACCUGGAGGGCCAGAGCUUCUACAACAAGGGCGGACGUCCCUUCUGCAAGAAUCACGCGCGCUAAGCCGGCGACCAGCUGAUUUUGUUUGACUUCAGGGAUCAUGCACACUAACCAACCAAUCAAUCAAAUCAACAAUUAACGAUAAUCAAGAGCAAUCUUAAAAGGAUUGUAGGAGCGCCUCUGCGUAAUUAUUAUUAUUUUUAUUUGUUUGAAUUGUGCCGCACAAAUGUUAUCCUAAUUUUAAAACAUCAACGACCCAAACGCGUCUUAUCAAAUGAAAUAUCAAAGUAAAUCAAAUCUUCAAUCAGAAAAUCAAAGCUGAGUGAAUGAAAAACUUAAAACGAGAAGAAAUCGAACUAGCUAGCAAAUUACUAUGUACUCACACACAAUGACCUAUUAUUUAUUCAAGCAUCGUAUCAUAACCGAACCAAUUUUACCUUACCCAAACCUUAAACUAAAUACGUAUGUACUGUCGCCAGCGUUAAUUUAUUUAGUUCAAGCGACCAAUCGAAAUACCUAUCUGCCGAACACUGUUGAUCAACCCAAUAAAACGCUAACAGGUUGCGAAGCGCAGGGGAUUUCCAAGAUCGAAUUCGAUUGGCAUAAGAGAUGCAGACGAGACAGAGUCGGAAGCAGAGUCAGAACAGGUUGACAGCAGGAAGUCGCAUGUUUAUUAUUUAAAAAUUGAUGUUGUAAAUUAUCCAUAAUUUGAGUGUAAAUUGUCAUGAACAGCAAAUGAAUAAAUUUCGAAAUCUUUUUCGCGUUUAAUAUGAAAA